AGCGAUAGGCGGGGCUCCCGGGCAGUUACUUGAGCGAGGCUUGGGGUAACGCAGCUUCACAAAACCCCGCCAAAGCUACCUUCAGAACUGGCAGCUUCCAAGGGACGCUGGAUCCUGCGCUGGAAUCUUUGGCUCUGCAGGAACGUCGCGCCCGCCGGGAGGCCCAAGCAGUGGCUGCAAACGAUGGCGACCCAGGUGGAUGGGGAGAGUCCCAAAGACAAAGGGGGCACCCCCCAAUCCGCAGCCGUGACCGCCGGCAUCAUCGUCAUCGGAGACGAGAUCUUAAAGGGAUUCACACAAGAUACCAAUUCUUUUUACAUGUGCCAGAAACUCCGCUCGCUGGGGGUGAAGGUGGCCAAGAUUUCUGUGGUGCCUGACCAGGUGGAGGCCAUAGCCACCGAGGUGAAGUCUUUUGCUGACAGGUUCACGUACGUUUUGACGUCAGGAGGCAUUGGCCCCACGCACGACGAUGUCACCUUUGAAGCGGUGGCAGAAGCCUUCGGGGAGAAAAUCCGACUGCAUCCGGAGAUGGUGGAGCUGGUUAAGAAAUUUUUCGGCCAGCAGUCCAAGCCCGAAAGCCCUAAGAUGAAGCUGGCUUGCGUCCCCGAAUCGUCUCUUCUCAAUUACGGGGUGGACGAGAAGACGGGACGUACCCUCCCGUACCCGCUCAUCAGCGUCCGGAAUGUCUACAUUUUCCCAGGGAUCCCCUCGUUAAUGAAACGGGCCCUGGACGGUCUCCAACAUCUAUUCCGCAACGAGAAGACCCAGUUUUACAUGCGGGAGAUCUACGUCAACGUGGACGAAACGCGGAUCGCGUCGGUGCUGAACGACACCAACGGCAAAUUCUGGCCUCGCACCAACCUGGGCUCGUACCCGGAUUGGGUCAGCAACUACCACCGAGUGAAGCUGAUCCUGGACUCGGAUUCGGAGGCUGACCUGGACGAGGCGCACGCUUUCCUGAUGGCGAACUUGCCCCGUGGGGUGGUGGUACCUUUGAUAGCGGAUCCGGUCUCCCGGGCCUCUACAGAUGUCUACGGUUUGGCUGAGUCUGGUUCUCCUCUUGGCCAGAAGGUGGCAGCGUCACUCAGGACCAUCGAAGAAGGCUUGGAGAGCUACAGUCUCUCCAAAAUCUGCAUUGGUUUUAACGGCGGGAAGGAUUGCACCGCCUUGUUGCACCUCUCUUACGCCGUCGUGCAAAGGUGCCUCGCUUUCGACCCCGCUUUGGCACAAAGUCGCACAGGGAUACGAAACCAGCCUCCCGUAGAGUCGCGCUUAAUUUUUUUUUUUAAAUUAAAAUUGUCUAAACACUUUAAAAAAGGGGAAUGCAUGUUUCUAGUCCUCAUUGUUGACUCCGAGGCCAAUUUUGCCUGCAAAGCUCCCAAGUUCAAUCUUUUGCUGGGGGGCUUAAUCCAGGAAUUUAAAAGUAUGGUCAAAGGUAGCCCUCGACUUACGGCCAUUCGUUUAAGGGACCAAAGAUAACAACGGCGCUGAAAAAUGAGACCGAUGGCCCUUUUUUCCCCACGCUUACGACCGUUGCAGUAUCCCCACGCGAACGAAAUUUAGA